CGGUGUCCGCACACCGUCCGCCUCGUCAGUGUUGAUCGGCUCGCCAUGGCGGAAGGACGUAGAGAACAGCCCCAUCCUCUCCUCUCCUUACCACCGGCCAGCAAGCGACCCUGCCUGCGCCCCGCUCCCCGAGGUCCUGGCCCAGGGCCCGGCCACGGCAGCGGCUUGACCAGCUCCCGGUACCGCUCCCCGGAGUCCCUUCUGGACUGCGCCGCGAAGGCAGUAGCGGAAAAGUGGGCCUUCGAGAGAGUGGAGGAGCGCUUCGAGCGGAUCCCUGAGCCCGUCCAGCGCCGCAUCGUCUACUGGUCUUUUCCCCGCAACGAAAAGGAGAUAUGCAUGUACUCUUCGUUUCAGUGCCGAGUCGCUGGCGAGGAGGGACCGUCGGCGGCUACCGGUGGGGCUGGGGGCGCUGGGUCCGGAGCUACUACCGCCGGUGGCGGCGGAGGAUCUACCGCCGGUACGACGGCUACCGUGGGGGCAGCCGGAGUCGUGGGAACGGGAGACGGACUGCCUUUCCGCCGGGGUAUCAGGCUGCUAGAGACCGGCUGUGUGGAAAACGUUUUACAAGUCGGGUUUCACCUCAGUGGCACAGUAACCGAACCCGCCACUUCAUCAGAGCCAGAGGUCACCCACAAGGUGGCCAUCAGCUUCGACCGAUGCAAGAUCACCUCCGUCACCUGUGGCUGCGGCAACAGAGACAUUUUCUAUUGCGCCCACGUGGUGGCGCUCUCUCUUUACCGGAUUCGCAAACCCGAACAGGUGAAGUUGCGGUUGCCCAUCUCAGAGACAUUGUUCCAGAUGAACAGAGACCAGCUGCAGAAGCUGGUCCAGUAUCUGAUCACAGCCCACCACACUGAGGUGCUGCCCACCGCUCAGAAACUGGCUGACGAGAUCCUCUCCUCCAACUCUGAGAUCAACCAGGUCCAUGGUGCUCCGGACCCGACCGCAGGCGCCAGCAUUGACGAUGACAACUGCUGGCACCUGGACGAGGAUCAAGUCAGGGAGCAGGUCAAACAGUUUCUGUCACAGGGAGGGUACUACGGCUCUGGGAAGCAACUCAACUCCAUGUUCGCUAAGGUGAGGGAGAUGCUACGAAUGCGAGACUCCAACGGCGCCCGAAUGCUGACGCUCAUCACAGAGCAGUUUAUGGCAGACCCCCGGCUGUCGCUAUGGAGACAGCAGGGCACGGGCAUGACGGACAAGUGCCGGCAGCUCUGGGAUGAGUUAGGUGCGUUGUGGGUGUGCGUGGUGUUAAACCCCCACUGUAAGAGCGAGGAGAAGAGCAGCUGGCUGAAGCAGCUGAAGAAAUGGGGCGACAUGGAUGUCUGCCCGCUGGAGGACGGCAACUAUGGCAGCGAGCUUCCGAACAUCACCAACGCCCUGCCGCAGAGCAACCUGGCACAGGACUCUCUGUCCAGGCCGAGGAGGACGGUGUUCAGCCGGGCAGUGGAGGCCUGCGACCUCCACUGGCAGGACAGCCACCUCCAGAGGAUCAUCAGCAGCGACCACUACAUGUCUCCAUCCUACCAGAGAGAGGGGGAGAGCCUGCUGUUCAACCCACAGGGCCUGCCGCUCUGGCUAGACCACGUCCCGACGGCAUGCGCCCGUGUCGACGCCCUGCGUUCCCACGGCUACUCCAGGGAAGCACUGCGAUUGGCUGUUGCUAUCAUCAACACACUCCGCCUCCAACAGCAGAGACAGAUGGACAUCUACAAACACCAAAAGAAAGAGCUUCUCCAGAGGGGCGUGACCUCCACCACCAACCUGGAAGGCUGGGUGGGCCAUCCCUUAGACCCGAUUGGCUGUCUGUUCACCACGCUAACGGAAACCUGCCGUGUGGACGACGACAACACCAUGGACACCGGAGAAGGUGACCCCAGGCCUCCAGUCUACCACCAUGUUCCAGUGUGGGGCAGUCCUGAUGGAGGGGAGUCUUACCUGACUUUGGCCUUAGAGGUGGCUCUGAUGGGCAUGGGCCAGCAGAGGAUAAUGCCUGAGGGCUUAUACGCUCAGGAUAAGGUGUGUCGUAACGAGGAGCAGAUUGUCGCGAAACUUCAGGAACUGGAGCUGGAUGAUCUCCUGGUUCAGACUCUUCGGAAACAGGCCAUUCAGCUACUAGAAGCUGGUCCGUUCAGCGGUCUCGGUGAGGUCAUCCACAGGGAGAGUGUUCCCAUGCACACCUUUGCCAAGUACCUCUUCUCUGCCUUGCUGCCACAUGAUGCAGACCUGGCGUAUAAGGUGGCUCUCCGCGCCAUGAGGCUGCCGGUGCUGGAGUCCUCCGCAGGCUCCGGGGACGUGGGCCACCCUCAUCAUGGCAUCUCCAUCGUUCCCAGCAGAUACCCGCGCUGGUUCACGCUGGGCCACCUGGAGUCACAGCAGUGUGAGCUGGCCUCCACCAUGCUCACUGCAGCUAAAGGUGACAUGCUGAGGUUGCGGACGGUGCUGGAGGCCAUCCAGAAAAACAUCCACUCCUCUUCUUUAAUCUUCAAACUGGCCCAGGACGCCUUUAAGAUAGCUACACCCGCAGACAGCCCGCCUGAUAUAACGCUGCUCAACGUGGCACUGGAGCUAGGACUACAGGUGAUGAGGAUGACUCUGUCCACACUGAACUGGAGGAGGAGAGAGAUGGUUCGCUGGCUGGUCACAUGCGCCACUGAAGUCGGUCUGCGGGCGCUGGUGAGCAUCUUACAGAGCUGGUACACUCUCUUCACACCGACCGAGGCCACGAGCAUCGUGGCGGCCACGGUCAUGUCCCACAACACCAUCCUGCGCCUCAGCCUCGACUACCCCCAGCGCGAGGAGCUGGCCAGCUGUGCCAGGACCCUUGCCCUGCAGUGCGCCAUGAAGGACCCCCAGAACUGCGCCCUGUCCGCGCUGACGCUCUGCGAGAAGGACCACAUCGCCUUCGAGACGGCCUACCAGAUCGUGAUCGACGCGGCGUCCACGGGUAUGACUUACUCCCAGCUGUUUACCAUCGCACGGUACAUGGAACACAGAGGAUACCCGCUGCGCUCCUUCAAGUUGGCCUCCCUCGCCAUGACCCACCUUAACCUGGCGUACAACCAGGACACACACCCAGCUAUUAACGACGUGCUCUGGGCCUGCGCACUCAGCCACUCGCUGGGUAAAAACGAGCUCGCGGCCAUCAUCCCCCUGGUGGUGAAGAGCGUGCACUGCGCCACGGUGUUGUCUGACAUCCUGCGGCGGUGCACCAUGACGGCGCCGGGUCUCGCCGGCAUUCCCGGGAGAAGGAACUCUGGGAAGCUGAUGUCAACGGACAAGGCGCCGCUGCGGCAGCUCCUGGACGCCACAAUCUCGGCGUACAUCAACACCACGCACUCUCGACUGACGCACAUCAGUCCGCGGCACUACGGAGAGUUCAUAGAGUUCCUGAGCAAAGCGCGGGAUACUUUCCUGCUGGCACAGGACGGCCACAUUCAGUUCGCCCAGUUCAUAGACAACCUGAAACAGAUCUACAAGGGCAAGAAGAAACUGAUGAUGCUGGUCAGGGAGCGCUUCGGCUGACCUUACCCCUCCCUCGCUGGGACCCUCUUCUUGGGAAGUAGUUCAACUUAUUUGUUUCUAUUUUUUGGAUUCCCUGUAUUUUUACGUCUUAUGUUGAGCCAUUUGUUGACUAAGUCUUAAGUUUUUGUCCUGUUUUGUUGUUUUGUUUCUUGAAUGUGAACCAGGAAGUGUUCGCAGUGCAUUGCUCUACUUCAUUGAGACUGCAAAAAGGGGGAAACGGCUUGAAAUGUCAAAGAAACAACAGCAAAAACAUGCAUUUUUCUCUGCUAGUAUGAAAAAGUCAAACGAUUGUGAUAGAAAAACACAUACAAAAAGCAACUUUUGUUUUUCAGUGGCACACGACGAUUUAAAAACCAAAAGCUUUUGUUGGAUGGGGUACUUACUUUGAGCCAGAGGACACUUAAGCUGCGGGUAACGAGCAGAAGAGGAAGUGGUUUUCAAAGUGGAAGGAACAUGUCAUUCCAAAAGGAGAAAAAAAAACCCACUGAGGUCGAAAACACACAUAGUGUUACUGUCAUACCUCGACUGUAUUAUUUGUCAGCUUUAACUUCUCUAUCAGAAAUGGCCUCAGGGCAUCUUAGAGGGCGGAACACAAGAGCUGCACGUGUGGUCUCUCUGUAGAAGAAGUCAGUACCAACAGGUUGAAAACUUGACUAAAGCCACUCCAGACUAGCUCCGACCCUCCACACCUGCUGGCCAGUGCUCGUCCUUCAGAAUAUCCUCAGAGGAAGACCCAUGUUGCUUCAGAGUGCAUGUUUUCAGAUCCACAAGCCUGAGAGUGACAUUAUUCAGGCUGUUCUUGCUAAGGUAGAGUAGUUGAGGCUCCACGUGCACAUAUACUAUAUACAGUCUAUCUCGUUUGUCCUCCUAUAAGCUUAUUAACAGCGACAAUACACAACUGUGAUGAAUGGAGUGGUCAUCUCCAGAGAUCCCACUGCACUGCUGUACAGCUAUUUGUGGCCAAAACCAUUUAAAUCUAUCAGACUCCAGUGGUCACCUUUCACUCGCUAGAUCAAGAUUUCGUCAAUAAGCAAUAUAAGUCAAGUCUGGGCUUCAUUUUUGUCACCGAGCAGCAUUAAUCUCACCUUCUUGUAUUCUGUUGGGAAGCUUUGGAGCAUAUUGGCAUAGCUGAAGUCCCUUUUCCAUCUCAAGAACCGUCGCCAGAACUCAGGAACUUGUUGUCUCUUUGCGUCCCAGAACUUUUUCAUGAACCCAGAGAAUUAACAAGUUUAAGAGCAUGAAUCAGAUUCGAAUGCUUCUUCUGUCAGUCAAAGUUACUACCCCUAAGCCCUGGCAGACUAGAUAGUACUUCUUACCAUUGCUACGAGGUCUUGGGGCGAGCUGUGCAUUGCUUGCCGUUGCUGAUUAGUCAAACAAGCACUAUUUAGUAUAAUAUCCACAAUUAUCUAACAUCACAAUAGCAGCAAGAGGUAAUAAGUGCUUAACAAUCUAGGGCUGAUAACAAGGUAGAGCCUCUCCAUUCUGUAUCCUAUCGGAUGAAGAGUUUUAGGUAUGUCUGGCAUUGAAAAAUUCUGUGUUUUAAUUCAUAGUCAAGCCAGGCUUGUAACACCGCUGAUCCCUGCUGCUCAAUGUACCGCAUUGAUGAAGUCCGGCUGCGCUCCUCAUCCUGUCCAACCUCAGCAGGUACAGACCAGGUUAGCAGCGAGCAGGUGAACUUAGCUGCUAAAGAGUCAGUCAUCUGCCAGAUGUGUAAACUAACCACCUGUAUGUCGAUGUUGUGUUCUUAGCUUGUUGCACCGCCCCCAAGUUUCCAAACAGCUGCUUUACUGAGUCGUUCCUCCAGUUCCUCCACGGUCUUGUGAUGGAAAAGGGUCCCUAGUUACGAGAGCGACUUACCUGUGAAUGCUACCGGUCGUGAUCGUCGUGGACUGUGAAGACGAGCGGCCUUGUCUUUGCUCGAAGCGUUGCACAUACACAGCGCAAACAAACAAAAUCCAGUAUGUUUUAUGACUUGACGACUUAAUCGUACAUUUUGGAGACCACAUGCCUUGGCGCAGGAAUUCAUUGCUCGCGCUCCCCUGUCUCACCCAGUGGCAAAGUGUUGUUGUUAACGGCAGUAUACAGUACAGCAAGAGCCCGAAUCUUUACUGGACGGACUGAACGUCAUCGUACAAGCACUUCACACAAAUACCUCUUCAGUACGUUCCUGCCUGCUUCAGCAUUUAUUUAUUGAUUGUUCGGUAACUUUGUAUGACUGAGGAGGAAUCGCAGACACACAAACACACAAACAGAACACAGCGAAUGAGUCAGCCUGUCGAUGGCAGGACAAUGAAAGGAAAGGGUUUUUGAAUGGGGGAGCAUUUUCUUGUCUGCUUUUACAUUCCACGAGAGCUACCUUCACCCACUACCCGGGUAGUCAGUCGCAACUCUGGGCCUUUUUGAUCUGAAGAAACGCAGAAAGAAGAAUGAAAAAAAAGAGAAAAAAAAAGGAAAACUGAGCAAAGGAAAGAAAAGAGAGGCUAAACUCAGUUCUCAGGGACAUCACUUAAAGAAACAAAACAAAAAGUAGUAGCAUUAAGCAUUUAAGAUAUUGUAAAUAUUAAAGUGUCAAUUCAGAAAAUUGUAAAGUUAUAAUUAUUUAUGAUAAGUAUGUUCUGUGUUUUUUUUCUUUAUGUUUUUUGGAGGAGGUGUACUUGAACUGUUUUGGACGGGGAAUUUGACAGCGUUUUUUGUAAGAGAUAAGACUUCAAGGCAUUUCUCAGGUGCUCCUGUGUACAUUUCUUUCUGUUUGUUUUUGCUAUAAUAACUAUUAUUAUUUGUAUUUUUUUUUUUUAUUAUUAUUUGCAAAGAAAAAAAAAUCUGUGUUCCAAAAGGAAGCAUGUCAUUCGGAGUUGAGGGGAAUGAGGAAGGCAUUCAUUUGUAAACAGAUACGUACUAAACCUUGACUAUGCAGAACCACUUCGAUGGUCUUGUCUCCUCUUAAAGACGCCCCUGAAAAAGUGUGAAAGAGACACAGUGGACUGAACCACUAUCAAGGGGGGGGGAGGGGGGGGACAAGACCUAGCAUGCUUGUAUUUGGACAGUGUGCCGUAGCCAGCCUGAAUACGCUGCAACAUUUAGAGGAGAAAAAAAAAUGAAAAUGGUGGGAAAUGCCUUUCUGACCGAUCAAUGUACAAAGUUUAUUUUUGCUUUACUUCUUUGUUGGUUUUAUUUAAUCAGGACUCAAGCCUUUAGUGUCUUCUCAGAGGCGUCGAGUCGUGUGGCAGCGCCGCAGCGAGACAGAACAAUACACAAAUGUCAGAGAGUCUGAAACAGCAAUUGUACGAACAAAGGAGACUGUGGAUGACCUUGUGUUCGAUCCACAUUGUGACUUGUUUUUUUUUAUUUUUUUUAUUUUUAUUGCGUUUUCAACUCCCCUCAGCCUACACGGCUGGCUGAGUUCACUUCUUCUGUCUCACAGCUUCUUUUCCUAAUCAGUUGUUCAUUGCCUCGCUCACAUGGGCAGGGUUUUGGUUUGAAGCGACGCAGCGAUGUGUCAGUGAGCAGCUUUCAGCGCAGCCACUUCCUCUGUCGUCCUACCUUACAGCGCUCGAGACAUCGGUGCACUGCAGCGGCCUCGUGUCUGCACAAAGUCAGCGUUUGACCAAAACUAGAUUUUCAUCCGUUGUCGCUGCAAGGUUUCCACAGAAUGGGGAUGACGAGAGGUGGGAUUCAUUUCUUGGCCGCUACGUGAGCUUGAUAAGGCUGUUUUCCUAAGUCACAGAUGAAAGGGGGAUAUUAUUUUACGCUCUCUUAGCUUGGAAGCUCCAGCCAGCUGCCUUUAUGUGAUGCAUUCACUGACAGCAUUACAACAAAGAAGUUCCUCCCUCAAACGUGAUCUCUGUUUUUCAGUCUGUGUUAACUGUAUCAGCCAGUUCCUGAGGUUUUCUUAUGUUCCCCUUUCUUUCUUUCUUUCUUUCUUUCUUUCAUAGGCGAGUACUAUUUGCUGGUAGAGAUCUAGUUCACCUUCUGUUUCCCAGUUUGUUUUGUUUUGGAUUCUCUCUAACUUAAGGGAAAAAAGUGUUUGUUGCCUCUUUGUGCUACUGAUUAUGAAAAGGUAUUUCCAGUAUUUGUUGCCACAGAAGUAUGAUAGCUUAUCAUCAACACUUGUUUUUUUUUUAUUUGUAAUUUUUUUGUGCAACUUCUUGAGCUACUGUCUAUAAAGCGAGAAUUUAUUACUAUUUAUGUAACGCUACUACCAUUUUAUAUUGAUUUGUGUUGGAAUCUCAGUGCUUUUCUAUGAAUAAAGUGUGA